AUGAUACCGAGACGGCAAGUUCAGCUUACUAUUUUUGGGAGGGCUGAGCUGCUUUAUGUGACCGGGAUCGUACAGAAGGCACAUUUCACAUCUAGAGGGUGCCUACUUCAGAUAUCAAAGGAAUCUACGAGAACAGAGAACUCCAAGCAAACACGAACUCUAUGGGACCUUUGGGAACCACGCUGGAAAAAAAUUCAGAACCAAUUGAAUGAUACACGGUCGCUGUUAAACAGAUACUCAUCACAAUUGUCAUAUCAUGCGUCAAAGGCCAAAACAUCUAUACAGGAAGCUAACAAGAAACUAGCAGCGCAAGAGCGGGAAAAGUCUGACCAGAGAUUAAACUACAACAAAGAUGUCAAAACGAGUGAGAAAAUUAAGGAUCUACCCUCACAGCGGGAGUUGCACCGGCGUAAAUGGUCUCGGAAGUUGGAGUUUUAUUUCGAUUCACUACAAGAAACCAUCUUUACCGCUACACGAGCACUAAACGAUGUGACAGGAUACUCCAGUAUUCAGAGGCUACGUAACAGUAUCGAGCUCUUGGAGAAAAGCACAGAAGAAAACCGGAUCGAGUUGAAGAAGUUGAAAGAUACAUACGCGGAUGCUAUCGAGCAAAGAACCAGGUCCCAAAAGGAAUUAAAUGAGUUGUUACAGAGGAAGAGCUCUUGGUCUCCCACGGACCUGGAGAGGUUCACUGAGAUUUAUAAGGACGAUGCUCUGAAUUUGAAGAGGGAACAGGAAUUGAAGUUGGAGGUCUCUGCUAAAGAAUCCAAGCAAGAAGAACUAGGAGAUGAUUUGUAUCGAGCAAUACUUACCCGUUACCAUGAGGAACAGAUUUGGUCCGAUAAAAUUAGAAGAACAUCAACGUGGGGCACCUUCAUUCUAAUGGGAGUCAAUAUUUUCCUAUUCUUGGUUUUCCAACUGCUGCUCGAACCAUGGAAACGAAGAAGACUUACAAGAUCGUUCGAAGAUAAAGUAAAAAAGGCUCUUGAAGAUUAUUCUGUCGAACAGAAUCUGAAGCUUGAGGCAAUGUCUGCCAAUAUUAAAAGAGGCUCUUCAAGAGUUGAAGAGCCGCAAAGGAUUACCACCGAGAAGGUACCACCUCAAGAACCUAGAAUUGUACUUACAGCUCCAGAGCAGAGUGAACACGAAACAAUCAAAAACAAACAACUCAUAGAAAGAGUUUGGGCAUGGAUUAAGAACUUUGGCAAUAAAUUUCAACCAUCUUCAAUUUCUCAAUGGGAUUCACAGACUACUUUCUCCAACGUUGAACUAUACACGUACUCGAUUUUACUGCUCUUUUUGGGAGUAGUUUCGACAGCAUUGAUUAAAUAA